AGGUGAAGUUAUUACGUCAUACCCCUCCUCCCCGCUCGCCGCAAUUUAUUUAUUUACCUAAGCUUUUAUCUUUAUCUUUCUUCCCCUUUGUUGUUAUCUACACACUCGUAAUUGAUUUGAUUUCCAAGUAUUCACCCUUUGUCCCGCCUCUGUUAGAUAUGUCAUUCAAAUUUCAUGGUGCUAAUUUUUCUCUGUAUGAUAAGUAGGUAUUGCUCUUUCCGUAUUUUCUCGCUCAAUUUCAAAUAUGAAUGAGGACUCUGGUUCGGGGUCCACCUUGGAAGCGGGAAUUAGAUUUGCUCCGGAGGAACCUCAACAAGAAGCUGAUAGCCCGAAGCGCACAGUAUGGUCUGAUAACACUAGUGAAGAUGAUGAGCCUUUAAUCAACAAAAAUGCGGAAUCACCGCAGCUGCCGUCGAUUCACUGCACCGGAGGAAACUCUUACUCUUCAAAAGACACUCUUCUCUCAGAAAUGCACAUGAAACUUAAGCUGAGAUUCUUUUUCAUGAAUCCUAUUGAAAAAUGGGAAGCCAAGAAACAAAUACCGUACAAGUUCCUAGUCCAAGUAGUUAAAAUAUUCUUUGUCACAAUUCAGCUGUGUCUAUUUGCUCAUAGUCGCUACAACCAUGUAAACUAUUCUUGGGACAAUAGAAUAUCAUUUUCACACCUAUUUCUUAAAGGCUGGGAUACCACCCGAGAAGUGAACGCCUACCCGCCAGCUUUGGGGCCGAUGGCUGUCUACAAAAAAGAUACAUUUUUUGAAUCCUUAGAUUUUGCGUUAACUGGGUAUGCUAACCUCAGCGAUGCCAUUGGAUCGUACUCAUACACAAGUGACGAUAAUACGAUGACAGCGCCAGUAUUAUGUUUCCAUCAUUAUAAGGAUGGAAUCAUUUUUGGAUUCAAUGAAAGCUAUGUAUUCAACAGUGAAAUUGAUACUCAGUGUAUAAGUGUUAACAUCUCUGACGCAGCCGCGAAAGGAGGUGAAUUUUCCAUCAUAAAUUAUUUAAAAGACGCCAAUAUUGAAGUCAAUUUUGCUGCUCUAGUCAAAGUAGAAUUAUUUUUCUCCCUAAAAACUGUCAAUUUCAGAGCAGCCGGCCCAAUUACUCCCCCUGACUGUUACAAAUUUGAUAUUGUUAUCUCCUACGAUAAUACGGAUAACGAUGGCCAAAUGCUGAUUGAUCUCACCGCAGACCCAUUCAGAUUGGUAUGCCAAGGAGAUGUUGAGUACAUCAACGAUAAUCGAAUAGAUUUCAUUUUACGAAGUCUACUGAACUUCGUUGUCAUCAGCAUUUGUGUAUGUUCUCUCAUCCUAUGUAGCCGUGCAGUCUAUCGAGCGCAGCUCCUAAAAUUUGAAACAAUCCGCUUCUUCCGAGAGGUUUAUCGCAAAGAGCUAAGUGUGGAAGGGAGAUGGGAAUUCUGGAAUCUCUGGUAUAUCAUGAUCAUUAUUAAUGAUAUCCUCCUGAUAUUCGGUUCUGCAAUCAAAGAACGAAUUGAAAGAAAGCAAUCGGUUGGAGAUCAGUGGAACGUGUGCAGUGUGUUUCUUGGAACUGGGAACUUACUUGUCUGGUUUGGAGUUCUUCGAUACCUUGGUUUCUUCAAAACAUACAAUGUUGUAAUCCUAACGCUCAAAAAAGCAUUCCCUCAAGUUGCAAGGUUUUUACUGUGCGCUAUCCUAAUCUAUGCUGGCUUUACGUUUUGCGGUUGGAUUGUCUUGGGCCCUUAUCAUAUGAAAUUCCGCUCAUUAGCCAGCACGUCUGAGUGCUUAUUCGCACUGAUCAAUGGAGAUGACAUGUAUGCUACGUUCUCGAUAAUGUCAUAUAAAUCCCCGAUGCUCUGGUGGUACUGUCGCAUCUAUCUCUAUACCUUCAUCAGUCUCUUCAUUUACGUAAUUCUCAGUUUGUUCAUCUCUGUCAUCGCUGACUCAUACGAAACCAUCAAAAAAUAUUACACGGAAGGUUUUCCAAAGUCAGAUGUCCAGCAGUUUGUAUCCAACUGGGAUGAAGAUCCGAAAAGCGAAGUCUAUCGAGACUGGGGUGAAACUUCAGACUCGUCAUUUCAAGAAACGUUUUCGAGGUUUUGCUGUUGCAAGAUGGUCCCUGUGUAUAAACUGUUCAGUCAGUUUUCAAAAAAUGAGGUGAAGCAAGUAACUGACAGGUUCCAGCUCGAAUCAUUCUGCAUUUAAUUGGGCGAUUGCAGUGAUUAAGAACAUGUUUUAAUCUCCUUUAGUUUUCUGGAUUUAUCUGGUAUCCGCGGUUUUAGAUAGAUUGUUUCUCACUUGUGUUGUAAUUGCUGUAGCAAUUUUACUAUUUUUCUGCCUCCAGGGGUCACACAAUCAUUAGAUAACAUGUUUUUGUAGAUACUUUGGUAUUGUAAUUCAAGAUCUGUUACAUAAAGAAAGCAAAGUGAGUCAAAAUUUCCUUCAGUGAUUUUUCUUGGAAGAAAAGCCCUUUUCCUCUGUUCAUUUUUCCAUCUGUUGUUUGACUUGAGCUUUCAUGAAGCGCAGGAAAGCAGAUAUUGACUCUUUUGUUACUGUGAUUAGCGUUACAUUCAUAAAUUUGUAGCUGCUCGAAGUCUUUUGUCAAAUACUUAGCGAGUAAUCCUGCUCAUAACUUUUGUCAUACUUUAUUAGCUCAUGGGUCACUUAAGUCCAUAAAAGCUCUAUAUUAGGUUUCACUAAUUUUCAUUUUUAAUUUUUACCCACUGAAACCAAUCUAUUUUAAAGAUUUUGCAGUUUAUUUUCGAAUCGGAGGGAUUAUUUUGGUCCAGACUCGGUGUUCACUUGAGCAGAAAUAGACGUCGAACAAUGAAAUCGGAGGCAGGCACCGUGAUUGAUAAAAGCUGCACAAUGGAAAUGAAUCUUCAGUGAUGCAGAAAACGAUUGAAAAUUGAUUAUCGAAUAGCUAGGCUACAACUAGCAUGUUUAGUCGUAACUAUUGUCAUUGUCCUCAUAAGUUCUUUCCAUUGUAAUCUUGUGCCAUUGUUUUACCAUUGUUGUUGAUUAUGUAGUAAAUUUUAUUUUCUAAUUUUUGUUGUAAGUAAGUUUGUAUGUAUGAUUUGAACUAAAUUAAGUGUUUUAUCUUGUAUUGUUAAAAGUGAUUACAGAGGUCUUUCAAUAAUUCUAAGAUCAGUUGUUCCUCAUUUUUAAUCAAAUCUUCGAAAUUUUAAAAAAUACAUAUAUAAUGUUAAUGUAGGGUAAAGUCACCAUCUUUGAGAAUUAUCCAAUCAAUUACUCUAAAAUAUACCAGUUUUAUAGAGGAUAAACAAAAUUUUCAAAGAAUCGGGCAAAUGUGGAUGUCGAUAUCUUUUUUAGAAAACCAAGUCGUUGGAAGUGGAGAGGAUCAAAAACAUUACCGAAAAAAGUAAAAUAUAAAAUGUCCUAUUCUGCUGUGCUUAGGAAAAACGCCUUAUGAGCUUCUAGACGUUGCCAGACUUCUUUCAACAAAAGCCGAAUUUACCGGGAAAAUUCUGAAUUUUUUUCUUCAUAAAUAUCAGCCGAUUUUGAUCGCAAUAUGAUCUACAUCUGAAAAUUUUAAAGAAUAAUACAAGUAAUUUUCUUCAAAGAGACGUGUUUUAUCUGGAGAAAUUUGGCAACUUUCGAAUGUUCAUACUGCGUUUUUCCUCAGCACGGCGGAAUGGCUCUGCUGUGAAACUCAUAUUUCAUUCUUCAGACAACUGAUCAUUGCGCCGACUGGUCAAAUUUCAGAAAAAUUUUCCUUCUAUCUUAAAGUUCUCAAAAAGUAAAAGCUGGAAUUGUUCAAACGUAACCAUUUAUUUGAUGCAGAGAUUGAAGUAUCAACAGGGGUCAAAUAUUGUAUUAUAAAUCGUCUGUCUUAUAUUUUCAUCUCACAAGGAAGUAAAUUCGUGCAUCCCAUGCGCAGCACUGCUGUGCUAAAGAGAAGCAUUGAAACCCUGGACUAUGCCAAAUUUCCUCCAACAAAAUGUCUAUUUUUGAGGCGAGCUAUGAAUAUUUUAUCUAUCAAUUUUCAGACAACUUAACGGAUCUGAUUGCGAAUAAAAUUCCUGAAAAAUUGACGGACAAAUAUCCGCACAUCUCUGAAAAUUCGUAUUUUAUGCAAGGAAAUUUGAUCAUGUCUAAAGGCUCGCACAAGUACUUCCUCAGCACAUGAACACAUUUUGACUGCAUUUUGCAAUAAGGAACUACAAGUCUAUCUGCAUAGGGAGGCCAAUGGUAUUGUUUCUAAAAUGAGCCAGAAAUUGUAGUUUCUGAUUGCAAAAUGUUGUCCAUCCGUCAAGUUACUAUCUUUUGCAAACAAAAACAAAUAAUUAAAAUCAUGUUUUACUUCCAAGAUGAGCUGGAAUUCUUCAGUUUUUUCGCAGGUCCCCACUUUUUUAAUUUUCUCAUUAUUGCUGCUGGAUAAUAUCUGGAAGCAUUUAGGCACAAUCAAUUCGUUAUGUUUUUGCUCUAGCCAGUUUUGAAUCACCUAUAUUUUUAGAGUUUUUUGAUUUCUCUUUCACUAAGGCAAGUGGAGAUUAUUUUUCCAUUUUAAUUGUUGUUGUAUGAUACCACUAUUUUGUCCCAUCGCAUGUUCUUAAAUUUCUGAAUAAUUUUUCUUUAAAUACAUAAGAGGCAUGCCUUUCAUUAUUGUGAUUUGUUGCCGAAAUUUUUAAUUAAAACUAUUUUGACUGUCAA